CAGUCGCGCGGGGUGGGCGGGGAACGCGCAAAAUUUGAAAGUUGACCGGAAAUAUAGUUGACGGAGAGGAACAACAGUGUGCUUCUCCUAGCAAACCAAUGUGUUGUGUACAUUUUGAAAAAGUAUUAUAUCUACCCGCAUGGCACAAGGUUAAACUCUGUUAGGGAGCCAUGUUGAAGUUCAAAUAUGUGAGUCAAGGAAACCUGAAAAUGCUGCCUAGCUCCGCGGACCCCAUCGCCAGCCGCAGCUCGCGACUCAACCAGGUGUUUCAGGGCCGAGCCAGCCUGCGUGGGCAGCAGGGAGGAUGCACCGUGGGUCGGGAAGAGUUUCUGGACGCUCUGGUGCUCCUCUACCAAGAGUGCACCUCCCCAGAGCUCAUGAAGAUAAACCACGUGGCAAACUUUGUAAACAAGUUUUCCGAAGUGGUGUCAGAGCUGCAGGCACUGCAGCCAGGGGUUCAUGACUUUGACCUGUGUGCCGUGGUGGGCCGUGGCCACUUCGCUGAAGUCCAGGUAGUCCGAGAAAAGGCCACUGGAGACGUUUGUGCGCUGAAGGUCAUGGACAAGACAGUUUUGCGCACUCGAGAAAAUGUGGUUUUUCAUGAAGAAGAGCGGAGGAUCCUGGCUUUGAACACCGGCCCCUGGAUCCCACAGCUUCUCUACGCCUUCCAGGAUAAAGAACACGUCUACCUGGCGAUGGAGUACUUGCCAGGUGGUGACCUGAUGUCCCUGCUAAACCGAUACGAGGAUCAGUUUGAUGAAUCCAUGGCUCAAUUCUAUUUGGCUGAGCUGGUAGAGGCCAUUCAUGCUGUUCACCAGCUGGGCUACGUCCACAGAGACGUCAAACCAGAGAACGUUCUCAUCGAUCGGACUGGUCACAUUAAGCUGGCAGACUUUGGAUCGGCUGCCAGGCUGAGUGCUAACAAAACCGUAGCAACUCCCACGGUGCCUGUUGGCACCCAGGACUUCCUCUCCCCUGAGGUCCUGACAUCGAUGAACGGGGGCUCACAAGGCACCUACGGGGUUGAGUGUGACUGGUGGUCCCUUGGCAUCAUUGCCUACGAGAUGAUCUAUGCCAGGUCACCCUUUUGUGAUGGCACUUCUGCAAAGACCAUUCACAACAUCCUCAACUUUCAGCGUUUUCUAAAGUUUCCAGAGGGGCCGCAGGCCAGCAAGCAGUUUGUAGACCUGGUGCAGAGCUUGCUGUGCCGAGCCAAAGAGCGACUGGGUUUCCAGGGACUCCGCUGUCAUGCUUUCUUCUCCAGCGUAGACUGGAACAACUUAAGACACGUUCUCCCGCCUUUUGUUCCUGCGUUGCAAACUGAAGAUGACACCUCCAAUUUUGAGGAGCCGGUGCAGGCAGCCCCCCGGCCAUCCUCAGCAGCCCAGCGAGGAGCUCUGUCGGUGGGCUUCAAGGGCCAGGAUCUGCCCUUUCUAGGCUGGUUCUUCAGCAGAACAUUGACAACAUUGGCCAAAACUGAGUCAGUGUCUGCAGGCCUCAACUCUCCUGCUAAGGCCAACUCUAUCGAAAAGAAGCUACACCUUAAAAGCAAAGAACUACAAGAAACUCAAGACAAAUGUCACAAGAUGGAGCAGGAGAUCUCCAGGUUCCAGCGUAAAAUGACUGACCUGGAGUCAGUCCUCCACCAGAAGGAUGUGGAGCUGAAGGCGUCUGAGACUCAGAGGGGCAUCCUGGAGCAAGACCUCGCCACCUACAUUACUGAGUGUAGUAGUCUGAAGCGAAGCUUGGAGGAAGCACGUGUGGAGGUCUCCCGAGAGGAUGACAAGGCCUUGCAGUUGCUGCAUGACAUCCGUGAACAGAGCAACAAGCUGCAGGAAAUUAAAGAGCAAGAGUAUCAUGCCCAGCUGGAAGAGAUGCAGGUGACCAUCAGGCAGCUGGAGGAGGACCUGUCAGCUGCCCGCCGCCGCAGUGACCUCUAUGAAUCUGAACUUAGAGACUCCAGACAAACAAGUGAGGAGCUGAAAAGGAAAGCUGUGGAAUACCAGCAGAGAAUCCAGAAGGCCAAAGAGCAGGGAAAGGCUGACGUGGAGGAGCUUCUCUCUAAACUUGAGAAGACUAAUUCUGAGCAACAGGUGAAAAUCCAAGAACUCCAGGACAAACUGUCCAAGGCAGUGAAAGCAAGCACAGAAGCAACUGAGCUGCUGCAGAAUGUCCGGCAGGCCAAAGAGCGUCUGGAACGUGACCUGGAGCGUCUGCGAGGCAAAAGCGACUCUAGUGACACUUUGAAACGUCGCCUGAGAGAGACAGAGCAGGAGGGCAGGAAGACCCUGGAGAAUCAGGUAAAAAGGUUGGAGAUGGUUGAGCGACGGGAGAAUAAGCUGAAAGAUGACAUUCAGACCAAAUCCCAGCAGAUCCAGCAGAUGGCUGAAAAGAUCCUGGAACUGGAGGACAACCUGCGGGAUGCCCAGUCGACAGCCCAGAGGAUGGAAACCCAACUGGUUCAAAAAGAGCGGCUUUAUGAGGACAAGAUCAAGGUCCUUGAGGCCCAGAUGAAGGAAGACCUGGCUGACAAGGAGAGUCUGGAGGCCAGAAGAGCCCAACAAGAGGAGGAGUCGAGGGAGAACUGCAAACUUAUCAGUGAACAGAAAGCAACCAUUAAUGCUAUGGAUUCCAAGAUGAAGAACCUGGAGCAACGCAUCUCUGAGCUGUCAGAGGCUAAUAAGCUGGCCGCCAACAGCAGCAUCUACACCCAGAAGAACAUGAAAGCCCAGGAGGAGAUGAUCUCAGAGCUACGGCAGCAGAAGUUUUAUUUGGAGUCUCAGGCAGGCAAGCUGGAGGCCCAAAAUGCCAAACUGGAGGAGCACCUGGAGAAAAUGAGUCAGCAGGAGCAGACCAAGAGGACCCGGCUACUGGAGCUGGAGAGCAGACUGCGGGAGAUGGGCCUCGAGCAUGAAGAAGAGAAAAUGGAGAUCAAGAGACAGGUGUCGGAGUUGACCCUGUCUCUGCAGGAGCGUGAGUCUCAGAUUAGCAGCCUGCAGGCUGCGCGUCUUGCACUGGAGAGCCAGCUGCAGCAGGCAAAGACCGAGCUAGAAGAGACCACCGCUGAGGCUGAGGAGGAGAUCACCGCCCUCAGGAAUCACAGGGACGAAAUUCAGCGCAAGUUUGAUGCCUUGAGAGACAGCUGCUCAGUGAUCACUGACCUGGAGGAGCAGCUUACCCAGUUGAGUCAGGAGAACGCUGAGUUGAACCGCCAGAACUUCUACCUUUCCAAACAACUGGAUGAGGCGUCCGAUGAGAGGGAGGACCAGCUGCAGCUCAGCCAGGAGGUGGACAGGCUGAGGAGGGAGGUGGCAGACCGCGAGAUGCACCUCAACAACCAGAAACAGAAUAUUGAGACCCUGAAGACAACAUGCAGCAUGUUGGAGGAGCAGGUGGUGGAGCUGGAGUCCUUAAACGACGAGCUGCUGGAGAAAGAGCGGCAGUGGGAGGCUUGGAGAUCGGCCCUGGAGGAUGAAAAAAGCCAAGCCGAGAGACGCACAAGGGACUUGCAGAGACUGCUGGACAAUGAGAAGCAGAAUAGGCUGCGUGCAGACCAGCGCAGCACUGAGUCUCGCCAGGCAGUGGAACUGGCCGUCAAAGAGCACAAAGCUGAGAUACUGGCCUUGCAGCAGGCUUUGAAGGAGCAGAGGCUAAAGGCUGAAAGUCUGUCUGAUACUCUCAAUGAUCUGGAGAAGAAGCACGCCAUGCUGGAGAUGAACGCCCGCAGCUUACAGCAGAAACUGGAGACCGAGAGAGAACUGAAACAGAGGCUCAUGGAAGAGCAAGGGAAGCUGCAGCAGCAGAUGGACCUACAGAAGAGCCACAUUUUCCGCCUGACCCAAGGCCUCCAGGAUGCCCUGGACCAGACCGACAUGCUCAAGACUGAGAGGACUGAUCUGGAGUAUCAGCUGGAGAAUAUACAGGCUGUGUACUCCCAUGAGAAGGUGAAGAUGGAGGGGACCAUCUCCCAGCAGACCAAGCUCAUUGAUUUCCUCCAGGCGAAAAUGGACCAGCCCACCAAGAAAAAGAAGGGUAUAUUUGGGCGGCGGCGGGAGGAUGUCGGUACCACAACUAAUGGGGCACUGACUCCACAAGCCCAGCCAGCGGUUCCCAUGCAGUACGGUGACAUGAAACUUGCUUUGGAGAAUGAGCGUUCAAGGUGUGCAGAGCUGGAAGAGGCUCUGCAGAAAAUGAGGAUAGAGCUGCGGUCCCUUAGAGAAGAGGCGGCUCAUUUCAAAGCACAGGAACAUGGGGCUCCUUCCACUCCGGCACAGGCUCGCCAUCAAAUCCUCAUGUCGGCCAUUGUCAAAUCCCCAGAACAUCAGCCGAACCCGAGCAGCCUGCUCAACCCCUCCACCCGCUGUAAGGAGACCUCCACGCCUGAAGAAAAGAGGAGGGUCACCUUUGAAAAGUUCGGUCGUCGCGUGAAGGAGAGAAUGCACCACAACAUCCCUCAUCGUUUCACUGUGGGGCUCAACAUGAGGGCUGCCAAGUGUGCCGUGUGCCUGGACACUGUGCAUUUUGGACGACAGGCUGCCACUUGUUUAGAGUGCCACACCCUGUGUCAUCCUAAAUGCUCACCGUGUCUUCCGGCCACCUGCGGUUUGCCAGCUGAGUAUGCCACUCACUUUUCAGAGGCUCUGUGCCGAGAAAAGGCAAACUCACCUGCGCUGCAAGUCAAAGAGGCCAGUGGGCAUGUUCGCUUGGAGGGGUGGAUGAAGCAGCCCAGAAAUGCAAAGCGUGGCCAGCAAGGCUGGGAGAGUAAAUACGUGGUGCUAGAUGGAACCAAAGUGUCCAUCUAUGACAGUGAGCCCAGAGAGGACUGUGUCAAGGCUGAGGAAGAGUUUGAGCUCUGUAUGCCUGAUGGAGAGGUGACUAUUCAUGGAGCUGUUGGCAACUCUGAGCUCAUCAACACUGCCAAGUCAGACAUCCCCUAUGUGUUGAAGCUGGAGUCCCAUCCCCACACCACCUGCUGGCCGGGCCAGUCUCUCUAUUUCAUGGCUCCCAGCUUCCCUGACAAGCAGCGCUGGGUGGCUGUUCUGGAGUCUGUGGUGGCUGGUAGCCGUGGAUCCAAAGACAAAGUAGAUGCUGACGCUGCAGGUGUUUCUAAAAGACAGAAGAACCUAUCCCCUCUGGUUCAGAAACUUCUGGGGAACUCACUGCUGAAACUGGAGGGUGACGACCGGUUGGACAUCAACUGCACUCUGCCUCUCACUGACCAGAUUGUGUUGGUUGGGUCUGAGGAGGGUUUGUACGCUCUAAACGUCAUAAAGAACUCUUUGACCCACAUUCCUGGGCUGGCCUGCGUCUUCCAGAUCCAGAUCCUGAAGGAGCUUGAUAAGCUACUAAUGAUCACUGGAGAGGAGAGGGCACUGUGUUUGGUGGAGAUCAAGAAAGUUAAACAGUCCUUGUCACAGUCCCAUCUCCCGGCUCAGCCCGACCUCAACCCCUUCAUCUUUGAGACAGUCAAGGGAUGUCACCUCUUCUCCUCCGGAAAGAUUGACAAUGGGACUUGUAUCUGCGCUGCUAUGCCCAAUAAGAUUACAAUUCUGCGACUCAACGAAAGCCUCAACAAAUUCUGCAUCAGAAAGGAGAUUGAGACGUCCGAGCCCUGCAGCUGUAUCCACUUCACCGGCUACAGUAUCAUCAUCGGCACCAACAAGUUCUAUGAGAUUGAGAUGAAGCAGUACGUGCUGGAAGAGUUCCUGGAUAAAAACGACGUGACGCUCGCUUCUGCCGUCUUCGCCGCGUCCUCCCACAGCUUCCCCAUCUCCAUCAUCCAGGUCACCACUGCUCCACAGAAGGAUGAAUACCUGCUCUGUUUUCAUGAGUUUGGUGUGUUUGUGGAUGCAUACGGCCGCAGGAGUAGGAGUGAUGAUAUCAAAUGGAGCCGCCUGCCUCUCUCAUUUGCGUACAGAGAACCUUACUUGUUUGUGACGUACUUCAACUCUCUGGAUGUUAUUGAGAUUCAGGGACAUGCUGCUCUUGGGCCCCAUUCAUAUGCACACCUGGAUAUCCCAAACCCCCGUUACCUGGGCCCCGCCAUCUCCUCUGGGGCGAUCUACCUGGCCUCGUCCUACCAGAACAAACUGAGGGUCAUCUGCUGCAAAGGCAACCUGAUCCAGAGCCAAGAGGGCGUAGACCUGCAGCGUAGCGGCUCCGGGCGCAGCCCUAACAAACGUGGGCCUCCGUCCUACAACGAGCACAUCUCUAAAAGGCUGGCAGCCAACCCCAUGGUCCAUAGCGAUCCGGGCACACCUCACCGCUACCGAGAGGCUCGCACAGAGUUCCGACGGGACAAGUCUCCCAGCCGUCCCCUGGAGAGAGAGAAGUCCCCUGGCAGGAUGCUGGAGAGCCGGAUUGUGGGGUCUCCUGGCAGGGCCAUGGUUGACCCCCGGUUAGAGCGCUCCCCGGGCAGGGCCAUGGCAGACCCUCGCAUGGACCGAUCCCCUGGCCGGAUGAUGGACGUUCGAAGGGAGAGGUCCCCCGGAAGAUUCGAGGAGCGCCAAAGGCUCCAUACUGGCUCUGGUCGCACGCCCAUAAACUCUGUUAACAAGGUCUGGGACCAAUCAUCUGUUUGAGAUACAGCAGAGCCACAUACCCAGCAUGGACAGAGAAAAAAUCCUCUGAAAAGGGAAAGGAAGAAACCGGGAAACCAGUGAGCAUGUAACCAACUCAUGAUGAAACACUGCCACACAUCUGUUUUGCCUGACAUUUAAGCUUAAAACCCCGAAAGAGGAAAACAACUGUAGCUGUUUGAGCAGAGUGAAUGUGAGAAAUAAGUCAAUGAAGGUCAACAAAAACGCCAUAUUUACAAUCUGAGCAGGGGUUUUUGCGACGCAUGUGAGUAAUUGCAUCUGAGAAGGUAGUCUUUUGAUUUCGUCGACAUCAAAAAAAUUAUGCGAUACAAGUUCUCAAUGCAAGACUUGAGUCCUUGUUUUCUCCAGGCAGUAGAGACUGUAACAGAAAAGCACAGCCGUAGCAACGUUAUCUCAAAGGUCAAUGCCUAAAUAUUUUCAAAAGUCGAUUACUGGUGAAAAUGGCAGAAAAUAGUGUAAAUACAAGUGGCAACUUUCCACACUCAGCUCUGUCCACUGUAGCUACAGACGAGCAGUGAACGUCCAGUAGCAUUUCUGUCUCCAGUCCUUCGCUGAAAUGUCAACACACAAUCAUUAUCAGCUAAUUACAAUCACUCUUCUGUCGAGACUCUGGCGGUUAAUGUGACAGGACUUGACCGGAGCACAAAUUAAUUAGAUUUUAAUUAAACAAACCCUGCCCCCUACAGCCACACACACACCGGACGAUUUGUCUGCCCCCAUAUAGGUUGACACAAAAACUUGCAAACUGCACUACCCACAAUCCCCAGCGGCGAUGGAGCGGGACCUUUCUAAUCCUUCAGAAUGCUAUCUGACUGUAAAUAGACGAGACAUAAUUUUAUAUAUAUUCAGAAGGAAUUUCAAGGCUGGAUGAAGCCAUGUCUAUUUUUGUUAAAGAAAAAAAAGUUAUCACGUGUCUUCUUGAAUGUCUACUGAGUAUUCUUUUAAUAUGUCCAAACGUCUUUUAUCAAGUGAGUGAUUGUAUUUGCACUUCAUCUGUCAAAGGCAAAACCUCAGUGCUAAAUUAUAUGAAAGGAGGGAAAAAAAAGAUCAUGUGUGAAGCUUACAGCAUCGUACUUGAGCAUUUCUUUUUGUACAAUGUCCCUUAAUAUUGUAUAUAACCCAAAACUGUUCAAAGUGAAGAUGAAAAUAAUCUUUGGGGUUUACUUUUUCCUGAUUCGUAAAUGGCAUGGAUAUGUAUAUCUGAAACGAAACGGAGUGUUGUCUUCUGCUUCUGCCUCAUUUUGGGUUAUAUUUUGUAUUCCACAAUUUAAGAAUGAAGCACGUGAAUAACCUCUCCUUUUCUUUUAACCAUUACCUAUUUGCACAGUUAAUUCUUAUCAUUAUUAGUAUUAGAUGUCCAAAAAAAUAGUAUUUUAUCAAGGCACUCUUGGCAAGCGAAACAUUACAGUCUAAACUUGAAAGGCUCAAAUCAGGCCACACUUAUUUCAGCUCUCAUUGAGCUGAAUAAGUUAAUUUGAAAAUCUUGUGGUUUGUAGUAAAGUCUUUAGAACACCAACACAUGAGGCCACAUUUUAACUUGCCCAGCGUGUCUGUCAACAGUUGGACGCUCGGUAAGAGGAUUUUUCUUCAACUUUCCGAAUUCGCUAUUUUUCUUUUUAGACACAAGAAUUCUUCCUGAAUGUAUUCAAGCCAAGAAAGAUGGAACAGAUCCAUUGGUCACAAUUGUUCAACAGAAAGCACCCACUGCUACAGAUUGCACAAGUUUUCUACUGGUCUCGAUACAGAAGGGUUUCCCGUUCUGAUUUGUUUCAUUAUUAUAUUCUUUUUUUUAAAUUUGUAUUUCUUUUCACAUUAUCAUGAAUCACAAUGCCCUAAUACUGGAUAUGAUAUUGAUGUCUGCUAACAAAUGUUUUAUUAGCGUUCCCUGUAGAGAUUUUUUGUCACAGAAUAUUAAAUAUUAUGAGCAUUGUCUUUCA